AUGGUUAUGAGCUCAACAGAAAUGGAGAUCGACCUCUCCUUCUCGAUGUUCUUCAAGAGACGACCAUGGGUGUUAAUUCAAGGAGAGAGUCAGAAACUGAGUCCUCAUCAAGCCUCGACUCCAGAAAUCCUCCACGUAGGUCAUCUGCUUUUGAUAGCUUACCUCCUCUACGAAGGUGAGAUAUGUUCAGGUGAUAUAUAG